UUUUUUAGUGGGAUGAUCUUUCGACAUCAUGGCGACAACGACAACGACCGUGACCAAGAUCAAGAGUCGUCAAGUCACCGAGUUUCCCAUCGCGUGGGACGAGGCCACCACGCCGUAUGCCCUCAACACGUUCACUCCUUCGGCCAGGACACUUUCGGAUGUUGCUAGUUCUCAUCAGUUGGACCGUCUUUCAUCUUCCAGUUCUUCGUCGGGAGGACGUUCCAGUAUUCCUGUACGACUUGCCAAAGCCGUUUUCGUGGGGGAUGUGGGAGUGGGGAAGACGUCUAUUAUCAAUCGGUUUUGUCGCGAUAUUUUCCAGUCCCAUUAUAACGCUACGAUUGGAGUUGAUUAUGAAAUGGAACGCUUUUGGAUACUCAACAUUCCAUUUAACCUACAAAUAUGGGACACAGCCGGACAAGAACGAUUCAAAUGCAUUGCUGCAGCAUAUUACAGAGGGGCCAACAUUGUCGUUACUGUGUUCGAUUCAAGUAAUUUAGAAAGCUUGUCGACUUGCCAGAGGUGGAUGGACGAUGCAGUCGGUGCCAACCGUGUAGUGCCUUUAAAAUUCUUGGUCGGCACGAAAAUUGAUCUCGUGAAUGAAACACACCGAGACAAAAUUCAUCAAAUGGGUAUACGAAUGGCAAACCUUAUGGAAGCCGAGUACUGGUCAGUGUCAUCAAAGUCUGGAGAAAAUGUGGAGCUAUUUUUCCGACGGAUUGCCACUUUAGCUUUGGAGACCAAUCUGGCUAAUGAAGCUACCGAAAAUAUUUCUCACUCAAGGCCACUAAUGCAAAUGCAUAAUCAAUCAUCAUCUCUAUUACGCCCAUCAAUGUCUCAACAGCAAAUGUGGGAGAAUAGUCGUGGAUCAAGAAAGUGUUCAUCAUGCAAAAACUUUUGAUUUUAGAUGAUUGAAUAGUUAAAGUAUCAAUUACUUUCCGUAUUACUUUAUUGCUAGUCAGUGACCCAAAGUCGAUGCAAGCAACUUUUCGUGAUUUAUUGUUAUUAUUUGAUCUCAUAAUUGCAUUCCGGAUGAUUUAUCUUAAUCUUAUGUAUGUAUCUGUUAGGACUUAUUUCAAUAAAAAUAUUUCUUCUAAUGUAUCUCAA